AAAAGCUUCUUGAACAACUUGGAGAGAACAAACUUCCAUAUAUGACACCAGCCGAUGCUGAUUUCCAUCAGUUGUGGGAGACCAAAUAUUCCAAGCUGAUUUUCAGAAAAUCUGAUACAGUACCUGAAGAGCUCCAUCAAAUGGUACAAGAAGGCUUUCUGACCUUGCGAAAGCAUGAUUGUUUCUUUCAAGAUCUUGUAAGGAUCAAAGGAAAAGAUUUUCUUACCCCAGUGUCUCGUAUACUAAUUGGAAACCCAGGAUGCACUUACAAGUACUUGAACACAAGAUUAUUUACAGUCCCUUGGCCUACUGAAGGUUGUGAUGUAAAAUAUUGCAGUCCUCAAAUACAUGAUGCUUGUAAAGCCUUAAUGAGACUUAACGACUACUUGCAUAUUGAAGCAAUCAAGGCGUUACAAGAACAAAAUUUGUCUGAGACCAAAGAAAUUAAAAUUAAAGAUGCCACCAUAACAGAUGGGGAGCAAAAUUUUGCAACUUCUCUUAUGGAGAAAGGGUCUAUUUCAAAAGAUCAAAGCAGUUGUGUACCAGAAGAUGACUAUGUAAGUCUAAAGAACAGAACAUCUUAUAACUUGACUUUAUUGAAUUAUAUGGAUCCACUACAAAUGCUGUACUUGAAACAAGAACCUUAUUUUGGAAUGGGGAACAUGGCAGUGAGCUGGCACCAUGAUGAAAAUCUGGUUGAAAGGUCCACGGUUGCUGUGUACAGUUACAGCUGUGAAGGUUCAGCCAUGGAAGAAAGUAAUGAACAAAAGUUGAAGGGAAGAGACCCAGCUGUUUGGCAUGUAGGCUUGAAGGUAGCAUGGGACAUAGAGACACCUGGAUUAGCAAUACCACUUCACCAAGGAGACUUCUACCUGAUGCUUGAUGAUCUCAAUAUGACACAUCAACACUGUGUUCUGGCUGGUUUUUCACCUCGGUUCAGCUCAACUCACAGAGUUGCAGAUUGUUCAAGAGGAACAUUGGAAUACAUUUUCAGACAAUGUGAACUGGCACUCCAGAAUUUACAGACUGAUUCUGAUUCAAUGACUUUAUCUUUGAAAUCACUGGAAACUGCAGUUAUUAAGCAAGUGGAAGAAAUACAUAAUGAGGUUGAAUUUGAGUGGCUUAGACAGUUUUGGUUUCAAGGCAAGCGGUAUUUGAAGUGCACUGAUUGGUGGCUUAAGCCUAUGGCUAAGUUGGAAGAAUUUUGGAGAAAAAUGGAGAUUAUGACAAGCCUGGUCCUCUCUGAAGUUAGAAAAGAGAAACAAAUUGAGGAACAAAGGAAUGAAACCAUCAGCUGCUUCUUGAUAGUCCUUACUGAGCGACAAAAGCUGCGUCAAGUAUGGACAGCAAGAUGCCAGUCAGAAGCAGCAGAGACCUUGCCAGAAGACCAGAAACCAGAAUGCCAUCCCUUCUGGACAGAUGAUGAUUGCAACAUGCCUCUGCCAUAUGAUCUUGAAGAAAUAAUUGCUUAUCUACAAAAGUUUGUUCAGUGGUAG